GGUGUUCCCUAGCGUAGGUACCUACCUGCCCGUCUGGUAGAAUGGAUAAUAUAGGUGCCUUCCAGUUCUUUAAAUGCAGUUUCUGUCCCACGGCUCUAUGGCUUCAAUAGCCUACCUACCUUUGUAUAAUAUUUUCUUUGCCUAGGUAGGUUAGGGGUUUCUCGCUAAUAUGCACCUGGGCCGACAACUGUUGGGGCUCAGCCUCAGCAUCAACACCCUUACCACCGCAGCACUGGUAACCGAACCCGGCGACGUCGCUGUCAUACCAUCGUGGAACAUCCAGUCGAGCGAGAAGGCCGGUGCGGACUUGGAAACGUUAUCCUUCCCUGGUGUUGACACUACCACGUGGCACCAAGUUGGCGUCUCUCGCUGCACUCUUCUGGGCUGUCUUAUAGAAGCUGGCGUCUACCGCGAGGACGGACUAUUCUUUUCCAAUGCCCUGGAGAAGUUCAACUCGAGCCAAUUCAAGGUCCCCUGGAUCUACCGACAGGAGUUCACUCUCGACCCCCCCGAGCCAGGCAGGCAUUACCAAGUCGUAACACACGGGAUCACCUCUCGGGCCGAUAUCUAUGUAAAUGGCCAGGAGAUCGCGAACAGCAAGGUCCAGGCAGGCGCCUACGUCGGGAAUUCUUACGAUGUCACGCAGCUCGCAAAGGAGACGAAUGCAAUAGCCGUACGAGUAUACCCUACGGAUUACAAUUACGAUUUUGCUCUGGGCUUCGUAGACUGGAACCCAUACCCCGGCGACCAGGGCACCGGCGUAUGGCGCAAUAUAGAAAUCAAGCAGACGGGGCAGUUCACACUAUCGCCGCUCCGGAUCACCACACAGACGAGUCUCCCAGUCGAGCAUUCCAGUGCACUCAUCAGCUUAAAAACGACGGUGACGAACUUGGAGGACACCGAAGCGACGGUGGAGCUAACGGCCACCAUAUCUCUCAACGGGGGCGAGAAAAGCUACGUGUUCCACGGAACGGUCGCGAUACCUCCGUCCGAAUCAAGGGAAGUGGCGCUGUCGACGGCGAUAAACGAACCCGAGAUCUGGUGGCCAAAGCAGUGGGGCGAGCAGCCCCUGUACACGGGUCAGUUAUUGGCAACCACCACCAACGGAACCGUUUCGGACAAGGUAGAACAGACUUUUGGUAUACGCCAGGUGACCUCAGAACUGAACGAGCAUAACGACACGGUGUUCUACGUCAACGGGUACCCCUUCCAAGUCAUCGGGGCGGGCUACUCCGCGGACAUGUUUCUACGCUGGGACAGUGCAAAAUUCACCUCGCAAGCCGCGCUCAUGCUCGACCUGGGCCUCAACACAGUCCGGCUCGAGGGCAAAAACGAGCAGCCGGAACUCUACGAGAUCGCGGACCGCCUCGGGUUGAUGGUGUUGGCGGGCUGGGAGUGCUGCGACAAGUGGGAGGCGUGGACGUACAACGAGGACCUCGCCGUCAAGGCCGAGUGGACGGACGCCGACUACGGGAUCGCGAACCGCAGCAUGUACCACGAGGCGGUCAUGCAGCAGGCCCACCCGAGCAUGCUGGGCCAGCUGGUCGGCAGCGACUACUGGCCCGACGACAAGGCGGCCGAGAUGUACUACUACUCGCUGAAAGCUGGGGACUGGCAGGCGCCCAUCAUCGCCUCGGCCUCCGAGCGCGGGUAUCCCAAGGUCCUGGGACCCUCGGGGCUGAAGAUGGCGGGGCCGUACGACUGGGUGCCGCCCAACUACUGGUACGACGUCGAGCCGGCGACGUCGGCGGAGCGCUUCGGCGCCGCGUUUGGGUUCGGGUCUGAGCUCGGUGCUGGCGUGGGCACGCCCGAGCUAGGCAGUCUGCAGAAGUUCCUCUCGGAGGCCGAUCUCGAGGAUCUCUGGAAAAGCCCGAACAAGGGGCUGUACCACAUGUCGACGAACGUGUCCUCGUUCUACAACCGCAAGAUCUACAACGCCGCGCUGUGGAAGCGCUACGGAGCGCCGUCGUCGUUGGAGGACUACCUGUUCAAGGCGCAGAUCAUGGAUUACGAGGCGACGCGAGCGCAGUUUGAGGGGUUCUCGGCGCUGUGGAGCGCGGAGAGGCCGGCGACGGGGCUGGUUUACUGGAUGCUGAAUAAUGCGUGGCCGAGCUUGCACUGGAACCUGUUCGACUACUACCUGCACCCCGCAGGAUCGUACUUUGGCGCGAAGGUGGGCGCGCGUAUCGAGCACGUGGCGUACAACUACCGAUCGCGGGCUGUCCAUCUGAUCAACCACUCGCUGUACCGAAAGGGGCCGAGAACGGUGGCAGUGGAUGUCAUUGACAAGAACGGCAAGGCGAUCUACCACACCAGCGAUGAUAUAGACACAGAGCCGAACACCAGCCAAGAAAUCAUAGAUCUCUCAGCAACCGUCACCAAACUCACGGGUACCGCUUUCUUACGUCUCGUCCUCUCGGACGACCAAGGCGCCGUGCUUAGCCGCAACGUGUACUGGCUCACCAACACCGUCGACACGCUCGACUGGGAGAACUCGGACUGGUUCUACACGCCCGUGACGGCGUACGUCGACUUUACGGCGCUGAACACCCUGCCCGCUGCCAACGUCUCCGCCACGACCCCGACGCUGUCGCUGCCGAAGCGGGGGGCCAAGACCAAGACCAAGGUCGUGCUCGAGAACCACUCCGCCGUCCCGGCGUUCUUCGUCAGGCUCGAUUUACUUGAUAAGGAUGGCGAGUACGUUUUGCCGGUGUUCUGGUCCGAUAACUAUGUUACCUUGUGGCCAAGGGAGAGAGUUGAGCUGUUUGUGGAGGGGGAGGGCGCGGUGAGUGUAAGGGUUGGUGGGAAGAAUCUGAGACGAACGGAGGUGGCUUUGGAAAGUUGAGCCGCUGCAAAGGAAUCCAUUGUGUACAUAGGUACAGCUAGUUUACCUCUUGUAUCUUUAAUUUGAAUACUGCUAUGUAAAAAUAUGAGUAUGACUCUUAGA